CCUCUGCUCUUAAUCCCAAACAGGCUGUCACUGUAAAAGUGCCCCUGUGCUUUCUGGAUCAAGAUGGUGGACUGAACACAUGAUCUCACUUGGUUCAGAAACCACAGAGAGGAGUAAAACACAAACCCACAGGUAAUGAAGAUGAUGAAAGAGGAGUCAACAGCAACAGCAUUCUGAAGCCAGGAGGGGAUGGGGAGCUGUGAAUGAUUUAGGGAAAGCCAAAUACUGAGUUGGCACUGCGGGAAGGUGAGGGAGGUCCCACCAGGCUUACACUGCAGAACUCCAGGAGGCUUGAAAACCAGCACCCCCCUGGGAGGGGAGACUUCAAACAAAGAUGGCUGGGGAGAGCUACUGGAGAAGCUGUUAGAGCCCCAGCUCUGCUCACACGGUGGGUGGCCGGAGUCAUUACUGUCCCAGUCCCAGAGAAAAGACGUAAGCCCCCACAAAACAGCCCAGUAUGAUGACAAGCCCCGGCCGCGCACAUGCUCAGAGCUUCCAAUCAGCGUUUAGACUGCUGCUCUUCAUCGGGAGCUGGCAGCCAGGGACUCCUAGGCGUCAGAACAAACCAAAACAGGCAGAUGCAAUUUAGGAUUGAGUAAAUAAGUCAUGGUUCAGCCACUUGACGUGUGGAAGAACAACUGACCUCGUCCCACAGUCAGAUUUUAAAAACAAUAACACCGCCGGAGAUAAACUAAAAAUAAAGAUCACCCUUACUUGUUCUGGUCCCCAAAGUAAAUUAAAGGUUGAGCACAUCCCAUAAGCCUAGAACAAAACCUCCAUGGCUCACUCUGCAGUACUGAUAUCUGAAGGCAUGUCUGAGGCUCUGAGGGUAUAAAUAAUGGGACAGUAAAUGGGUGCCCAGCCGAGUCUCUUGUCCCUGCAAGUCCGCAGGGCGCUCAGCGGAGGAGAAUGAAGGACUCCAGCACCCUCCUCUCUGGAGAAAUUCCAGGGAUGGCGGAGAAAGCCCACGGAUCAGGCCAGCCUUCCCGGCCAGACACCGCUUCCUCCUGGGACCACCUGGAUGGGUCUCGAACUACACUACCCAGGCCACCACUUCCGGCCUCCCUGGCGGACAGGGCGACGCUCCGGCCGUUGCCUUGGAGAUAGCUGAGGCGGGCGGAUGUGCUCUGACGGUUACCAAGCGGACGGCUGGGCUACGAGAAAGCAGCCUCCGGAAGCGCGCUGGGGGAGGAGCCUGGGCGGAGUGCGAGUUCUGAUUGGCCGAAGAGUCACACUCCUCCCCGCCCCUCACCUCGCCUGCCAAUAGGAACUGGGCCCGUUGUGCACAUGCGCACGAUUCUAAGGCACCGUCCAUCUGGGCAGUUGGUCCCUCUUGGUGGUUCCAAGAAGAUUUCCAGCACAACAAUGCCAUCCCCACUGGGCCGCCCAUGCCUGCCCUCCGUGGAUCCCGCAGCCACCCUGGAGGAACUUGAGGCAGCACGCCUGCGCUUCCGGGGGUUCUGCUACCAGGAGGUGGCGGGUCCCCGAGAGGCCCUGGCCCGGCUCCGGGAGCUGUGCCGCCAGUGGUUGCAGCCAGAGGUGCGCUCCAAGGAGCAGAUGCUGGAGCUGCUGGUGCUGGAGCAGUUCCUGGGCGCCCUGCCCCCUGAGAUCCAGGCCUGGGUGCGGGGACAGCGGCCAGGCAGCCCUGAGGAGGCUGCAGCCCUGGUAGAGGACCUGCAGCAUGACCCUGGGCAGAUGCUGGACUGGAUCACAGCCCAUGUCCUGAAGCAAACGGUGCUCCCGGCAGCACAGAAGACAGAGGAGUCUUUGGGGAGCCCCCACCCUUCAGGGACAGUGGAGCCCCUCAGGGCAGCCUCUGGUGAGGAACCACAGGACACCCAGAUGGAGGGGCAUGCCCAGCUCAGCUACAGUGUGAAGGAGGAGCCUGAUGCUGAUAGGCAGGAGAUGGCACCCUCCAGUCCCCCAAAUCCAGCCCCGUCCCACGAGGGGCGCCUUGAACACUGGGAACUGGCCUCUACGUCCUUCCACCCACCCAGGACUCAGGAGGAGUGGGGGCUGCUGGACCCGUCACAGAAGGAGCUGUACUGGGAUGCGAUGCUGGAGAAGUACGGCACGGUGGUCUCCCUGGCAGGGUUGCCGCCCCCGCGGCGGGAGGCGCCGGCCGAGUCUGAGCCCGGGGCGCUGAGCGCGGGGACCGAGGGCCAGAGACGCCUCCACCCGGGUGAGUGCUGCUCGGUGGGGCCGGACCGCGCGUCCUCGCGGCGGGGGGCAGAGGUGGGGGCUCGUGCUGCCCCUCACGCCUGGGGACGGGCUGGCCGGUGUCGGGGGCGCCGGGCCACCUGCCCCGCCUCUCCUUCCCCAGGAGACGCGAGCGAGAGCCCCCGCGAGGGUCCGGCGGGCCGCCCAGAGGCCCCGGCGCCUGCCGGGCGGGGGUCGCCCCCCGCGUGCCCUGCACCCGCGGCCCCCGGAGCGCGGCCGGAGCCAGGCGGCCCGCGGCGGAAGCCAUACACGUGCGAGCAGUGCGGCCGCGGCUUCGACUGGAAGUCGGUGUUCGUCAUCCACCACCGCACGCAUGCGGGCGGGCAGGGCGCGCGGGGUGCGGUCCCGGCCGGAGGGGCCGCCGAGAAGCCGCCGCAGGGCCCCCGGGAGCCCGGCGCGCCCCGCCACCCCCACCCCCACCCCCGGCGCGCGCACCCCGGCCCCCGGAGCUACGCGUGCGAGGAGUGCGGGCGCAGCUUCAGCUGGAAGUCUCAGCUGGUCAUCCACCGCAAGAGCCACGCCGGCCAGUGGCGCCACUUCUGCGGCGACUGCGGCCGCGGCUUCGACUGGAAGUCCCAGCUGGUCAUCCACAGGAAGAGCCACCGGCCCGAGGCCCCGUGAGCCCCGCCUUGGGGGCCUGCUGCUCGGCCUGGGUCUGGGAGAUUGCAGUGAUUCAGAGUUCUCGGGGUCCCCCCCCCCCCCCGGCUCAGUCUCCCCACAAAAGCCACCUGGAUGCAAGGAAAAGAAGCCGCCCCCUCCCCUUAUCUGUUCUAGAGUGAGGCCCGGGUUCAGUCCACUGCUGAGCGGUGGCCGCCUCGUGACUUCCAGGCCCUGAGCUCCCCACCUGUGACACGGUGCAGGCUGAGGACUCUCCCUGCCUCUGGGACCUGCCUCCAUGGCCCCUGGCGGAUGCUCAGACUGCCCUUCCCUCCCCUCCUGAAGCCACUGGGCCAAGGUCUCUGUGUGGAAGGUGCUGCAAGUGCUGCAGAGCCUGCUUCUGUUUGCAGGCAGAUGGAAGACUAAUGAUCCUCUACGUGCAUUUCAGACUUUAAACAAAUACCACUUUUAUAAUAAGAAAGUUUCUGCAUAAGGAUCCUGAUGUCUGGUAUCUGCUGAUCACAUCAGCAGCUGGGACCACAGAGGAGCCAAACCCAUGAGACCAGCGGUCCUGGACCCCAGCCUACCUUGUUCCCUGGCCUUAUCCUUUGAGCUCUCGAGUCCUAGCUUGAGUGGCCACGAGGGGAACUUCCUUUCCAAAUGUGGAUAGACAAGGGUGGUCUCCAAGAAAAGGGGCCACAACAGAUGUCACCUAGGCCAGGCGCGCCUGCGGUGAGGGCUGCAUCUCCACAGCCCGCACAGCCGGUCAGUCGGUGACAAAGCAAGAGGGCAAAGGAGCAGCUGCCUGCUGCCCACAGAGGUCUGGAUUCCUGGGUGGUCAUUUGGGACUUUGGCCAGUGCCCUGUAUUAAUUUCCUGUCGUUGCGCUAACAAACUUGGUGGCUUGAAACAACACAUUUAUUCUCUUACAACUCUG